AUGAAAAUGUUUUUUUUACAUCAUUACACGCUCGGCAUCAGCAUGGAAAUGUUGAAAGUACUAACUUGUGCCUCCCUGCUUUUUUCGCACCAAUUGUUAAUCGCAGAUGGAACGGGAAGGUCCAGGUUCAGUGGGGCACACUUCAAAAAUUUCACACUUGAAAUUAAAAACAAUACGAUGUUAAUGGAUAUGGUAACCUCCAAGACGAUUCACCGCGGCCUCAAGGUCCUCAUCGACACCCAGAUCAGCCUCGACAAGGGCAGAAGCUACCAACGCAUCUUCGCCCACAUUCUGGACACCUGCGGCGUGGUUUCCUCGGUGAGAAAUAGCACAUUCAAGAGCUGGUUCGACAGCAUGCUGAGGCACGGAAACUUCAUGGUCAACUGCCCCGUGCCCGCGGGUCACUACUUUCUGAAUGGCUGGAAGCUGGACUCGCAGCUGGUGCCGCACUACUUGCUUCCCGGUGACUACCGUGUGUCCGCUCACUUUUUCUAUGGCAAGCACAAGUCAAAGCAGGAGGACUUUGUCCUCGAACUGGUCGUCUACGCUCUGUUGCAAGCCACCUGA